AUGGGCAAACUACACAACAGACGUCGAACCAGACUGAGGCCAAACAAGAAGGCUCGUCAUCAAUCUAUCGACAUUACAUCGCCUUCAAGUUCGCCUGGGACUAUCCAGGCCACAAUCAACGACGACAUGAGUUUCUGCUCUGAACGAUCUAGCCUCCAUCAUGCCAUCCAGGACAGUACUUCAUAUCAUUUGAACGACCAAUAUGAGGUUCGCCAUAUGCAGUACUAUGGUGAUGGCGAAGGAGAUGAGUCUGGAGACCUCUGUCCUCUGAUGCUUCAAGUUGUCUUGGAUCUGUUCGAUGGUGUUGAUUACGAAGACCCAUGA